GUCGUGUCUCCUCGUCUCCAACUUUAGGCACGGUUUGAGCGAUAUCUGAUGGACAUAAGCGCUCGUUUCUGUGCUGUUUCUUGUCGGUUUUUCACCCGAAUCUACCGCUCUUCUCUCACCCACUGACCCGGGCACCGACGAGCCGUGACGCCGAGUGGAGUGAGAAGCCCUCCCCGCUGUCCAGUGGUUUUAUUGUGAAGCUCCAAUAUGCCGCUGUUUGGAAAAUCCCACAAAAGUCCAAGCGAGAUCGUCAAGAUCCUGAAGGAAAAUCUCAACAUCCUGGUCAAGCAGGAGAAGAAGGCUGACAAGGCGUCAGAGGAGGUGUCCAAAUGUCUGGUGUCUAUGAAGGAGAUUCUGUAUGGCAGUAAUGAUAAAGAGCCUCACACUGAGACUGUGGCUCAGCUCGCCCAGGAGCUCUACACCAGCGGGCUACUCCUCAGCCUCGUGGAGCACCUGCAGCUCAUCGACUUUGAGGGUAAGAAGGACGUGUGUCAGAUCUUUAAUAACAUCCUGAGGAGACAGAUCGGUACCAGGAGCCCCACAGUUGAGUAUUUCUGCUCCCACAGUGAAGUACUCUUCAUCCUGCUGAGAGGAUAUGAGACUCCUCAGGUGGCUCUAAACUGUGGCAUCAUGCUGAGGGAGUGCAUUCGUCACGAGGCUUUGGCUAAAAUUGUGCUUCACUCUGAUGAAUUCCAUCGUUUCUUCCACUAUGUUGAGAUGUCCACAUUUGACAUCGCCUCGGACGCAUUCGCCACCUUCAAGGAUUUACUUACGAGACAUAAAGUUCUGGUGGCUGAAUUUCUUGAACAAAACUAUGACGCAGUUUUUGCAGAUUAUGAAAAGCUGCUUCAUUCUGAAAACUAUGUCACCAAACGCCAGUCUCUAAAGCUUUUGGGUGAGUUGUUGUUGGACCGACAUAACUUCACGGUGAUGACACGUUACAUCAGCAAAACAGAAAAUCUCAAACUCAUGAUGAACCUACUGCGAGACAAGAGCGCUAAUAUACAGUUUGAGGCUUUCCACGUCUUUAAGGUUUUCGUAGCAAACCCGAACAAGACCCAGCCGAUCGUGGACAUCCUCUUGAAGAAUCAAACCAAACUCAUCGACUUCCUGUCCAACUUCCAGAAAGACCGAACGGACGACGAACAGUUCAACGAUGAGAAAACCUAUUUAAUCAAACAGAUCCGUGACCUGAAGAAGCCCGCCUCCUAAAGCCGUUGCCAUAGGAACCGUAGACACAAACUAAAUCAGUCUAUUUAAAUAAGAAACUUGGGAGACUCUUAUUGUGAAGGUUCUCAAUCACUGAUCACUUCCUGUAUUUUUUUGUUUUGUUCAUCCAUCGCAUGUUUUUGAUUUGCUUAGCUUUGGAGGGCCAGCAAUUAAAAACAAACCAUUUCAACCAAUACCAUUUUUAGAAUUUUUAUUUUGAAGAGGCCUAAUAGUCUUGUAGUUUGAAAGUUGCAAAUUGCUAGAGCCAUGUUUUCAAAAAAAAUCUUUACAAAUUUGGUUAAAUUUCUGCCUCGUAAAUUUUAAAUUACUAUAAGAAAUAAGUUGCUCUAAAAAAAUGACAAAUUCACAAAUCGACAUUUAUUCAAAUCAAAAUUAAUAAAACUGUUACAAUUUUCCUACAGGAAUAUUUUUGCAAUUUGUGCAGAAAAUUCCAGGGGAAACUUGAAUCCCAAAUGUUUAUUAAAACAAGAUUAAAGAUUAGAUUAAAGAUUAAUUUUAUUCCUUAAAAAUGUCUGAUUAACACUUACAAAAUAUGAAUUUAACUCAAAAUUAUUUCAUUUUAUGAAUUUUAAACUGGUCUGAUUAUAUCCAGGUUGACAAAUAUGUUUAAAUUGUACAUCUCAGUCCUUAGAAAUAUCAGACAAAAUAAACACAAUUUAACUUUAACAUAAAAUUUUGAAAAUGUUCAGCAAAUGUCAACAUACUUUUUGACAAAUUCCUUGUAAAAUUUGCCAGGUUUAAGAAUACAUUUCCAAUUUUAAUUCUGCAUUCAUCUUUACUUAAAAGGGGUAUUAUGCAAAAAAAUUUUUUAGCUUUAUAACAUUCCUCAUCAACAACAGGUUUUGUCAUCCAUGCAUGUUUGAAUAUUUUAGCGAUCUCUCCUGGGCCCCAGUUGAGACCUCCUGACAGUUAGCAGUAUGAGCCUGUACAAGGCUCCGCCCACAAGCCAUGCUCCCACACCACAAUUCUUUAUAAAUAUACUAAAAUAUGAUGUCUGUGUAAUCUUUCAAUCGUUCAGGUAUGAUCCAUAGUAAGAGAAACAUUCAAAUCUGUCAACUGGACACAAAGUUGUAGGAGUGGCUGUUCAUCCAUUUGUGUCCAGCUGACAGAUUUGAUUUUUUUCUUUUACUACAAAAACAUCUUCACAAAGCUGAUGCGAUGUGCGGUAGCUUCAUUACCGGGAUGCACUCUCAUUGUGUUGUGAUUGCUCUUCGCACUAAAUCACUUCCACUUCAGAGCGCUAAGAGAAGGGGGAUGGAGGGAGCAUCAAAAACUUAUAAAACAAUCUUGUCUUUGAUGAAUAUAGCAUUUUCAAAACUAUAUAAGAAAACAUGGUGAUCUAAAUAUGUUAUGUGUUACAGUUAAUACCCCAUAAAAGUAAAAUACUCCCUCUUUAAAUACCCCUUAAAAAGGUAAGGUUUCAUCUUUAAUACCCCAUAGAAGUAAAAUACUCUUUACUACGGAGGAAGGAAGAAUUAUUUAAUAUGUUUAAAUAUUACAAUUUUUAAUAGCUGGUUCUCCUUGCUGACAGCUGAUAGCACUUUCUGUAAAAAUGAAGAAAAUUUUGCAAAUAAUUGUGUCUUUAAAAAUUUUUUUCUCAUGCUUUUAUUUUGAAAUGAGUGCAAUCCUUUGAGGCUUUUAUUGUUCUGGACAUCAUUUACUUAUCUUUUGCAUAUUGAUUAAGGAGAUCAAAGAGGUGCCUUUCAUUUUUCGAA